GGACUGAGGCACUGGGUAAUCUGCCGGGGACUACACAUCCCACCAGCGACGGAGAUCACUCCGAACUCUGGCUCCGUUUCCUACCUCUCCUCCCCGGGCAUGCCGUGCAGGACUUGGUCCUAUGUGAGGAAGAAGGCGGAGCGGCUCGCUGAGAGGCUGCAGUUCUAGCUCUCUGGAUCCAUGCUUUUCUGAGAGUGGAACUGUAAAGUCUUGAAGUUUGAAAAUCAUGGCCUAUGGACCAGUGACAUUCAGGGAUAUAGCCAUAGACUUUUCCCAGCAGGAGUGGGAAUGCCUCAACUCUUCCCAGAAGAACUUGUACCAGAAUGUGAUGAUGGAGAACUAUGGUAACUUGGUCUCAUUGGGACAUUCCAUUUCUAAGCCAGAUAUAAUUACAUUAUUGGAACAAGGAAAAGAUCCCUGGAUGAUUGUGAGGGAAGAAACAAGAAAGGGCUUUAGAGAAUUCAAGCCUGCGUGUGAAAAUAUCAACCUUGGAAAAGUUGACAUUUAUAGAAUACAUUCCUCUGUCACUCUACAGCAAAGAUUUGAUAGUAGUGAGAAGUCUUAUGAGUGUGACAAAUGUGGGAAGUCCUUUACUCGUCCUACAAACCUCAUAGUACAUCGGAGAAUUCAUACUGGUGAGAAACCCUAUGAAUGUAGUCAAUGUGGAAAAGCCUUUAAUCGUGCGUCCAACCUUCGGCAACAUCAAAAAAUUCAUACUGGUGAAAAGCCCUAUAAAUGUGAAGAAUGUGGGAUGACAUUCAGUCGCAAUAUAGACCUUAGAGUUCAUCAAAGAAUCCAUACAGGUGAGAAACCCUAUCAGUGUGAAGAAUGUGGGAAGGCCUUUAGUCGUGUCUCAUACCUGACUCAACAUGGAAAAGUUCAUAGUGGAGAGAAAUCCUAUGUAUGUCAUGAAUGUGGGAAGGCCUUUAGUAGAGGUGGAAAACUUAAAAUGCAUCAGAGAAUCCAUACUGGGGAGAAACCCUACCAAUGUAAGACUUGUGGGAAGGCCUUUAGCCAAGCCUCUCACCUGGUGCAACAUGACAGAAUUCAUACUGGCGAGAAGCCAUAUGAAUGCCACAAAUGUGGGAUGACCUUUAGUCGUGGUGUAGAUCUUACAGUACAUCAUAGAAUUCAUACUGGUGAAAAACCCUAUAAAUGUAAAGAAUGUUGGAAGGCCUUUAGUUCUGCCUCAAAUCUUGUUCAACAUGAGAGAAUUCACACCGGCAAGAAGCCCUACGAAUGUGAUGAAUGUGGGAUGACCUUCAGUCGUGUCUAUCAGCUUAUUCCCCAUCAGAGAAUGCACACUGGUGUCAAACCCUAUGAAUGUAAUGAAUGUGGGAAGGCCUUUAUUCGUGCCUCAACCCUUAUUCAACAUGAGAGGAUUCAUACUGGUGAGAAGCCCUAUAAAUGUAUAGAAUGUGGAAAGGCUUAUAUUCAUGGUGGUAGCCUUAGGAUGCACCAGAAAAUUCAUACUGGUGAGAAGCCCUAUAAAUGUAAAGAAUGCGGAAAGGCUUUUGGUUGUACAUCAGAUCUCCUUAGACAUGAGAGGAUUCACACUGGUGAGAAACCCUAUGAAUGUAAGGAAUGUUGGAAGGCCUUUAGUCAUGUUGAAAGCCUUAGAAUGCAUCAUAAACUUCACACUGGGGAGAAACCCUAUGAAUGUAAAGAGUGCAGGAAAGCUUUUAAGAGUGGCCACCAGCUGAAAGUACAUCAGAGAAUUCAUACAGGUGAAAAGCCCUAUGAAUGCAAGGAAUGCGGGAAGGCCUUUAGUGUCUAUGGACGUCUUACUCGACAUCAGACUAUUCACAGUAGUGAGAAGCCGUUUGCAUGUAAUAAAUGUGGAAAGUCCUUUAGACAUAGUUCAAGUCUUAAAGUACAUCUAAGAAUUCAUGCUAGAGAAAAACAUGAUGAAUGAAAGCAUUGUGAGAAGAGGCAUUAGAUAAUGUGUGGAUCAUCAGCAUAUUUAUAUGCUGAGAAACAAUUUGAACAUAAAGAAUAUGGAAAAAUUUUUAAAUAUGAUUCAUUUCUCAUAAGGCUUUUGUACAUAUGAAAACCCCUCAGAAUAUAUUUUUUCAGUUCAAAUAUUCAUGUUCAGAGAAUUUCUAAUGUAUUUUAUUGUAACAUAGAAUAUUUAUGUUUAUUUAUAGGAAUGUAAAAACGUUUUAUGUUUUACAAAAAAGCCUUCCAGCACUAUCAGUUAUUUUUAAACUUAUACCACAGAAAACCACUUGAUCUAAUAAAUGUAGGAAAAUUAUUUUGAUUGCCAUUCUAUUCCACUCCCUGUAUAUUGGAAAAGAUAUUUAUCCUUCUGAGAGCCUUCCAAAAUUGAUGAGAAUUGUACCUAUAGUACAGGAACUCAGUUGCAAGAAACAGAGAAGCCACGUUUUGAGAAGUCAUCCAAUUAGGAGUCUUUAUUGGAGAGCUGGUGGCUGCAGGUGGACUGUUGUCACAAAGACCUGUAGUCCCUUGAAUACACUUAAUACUGUCAAAAAACUGAGCCAUGUGAGUAGGAGAGGAAAGAAAGAGCAGAAAAACAAUACCAACA